AACAGUUCUGGAGCAAAGUGAAUCUACAGCAGAUGUGAAGGAGGAAACUGUGAUGAAUCAAACACUGAGGACAUAAAAGACAAGAUGCAGUGGGACAGGAGAGAGAAUGCAAAGUGUGCGAGGGGUAGAGUUGUGAGUCGGGGCUGAACGGGGCCGAGACUCCUCCUUCUAAUCUGAGUCUAAACACAGAGUCACAGCUUCUUUCCUCUUUCUACUCACAGAGACUCACACUGCAGAUAUGAAGCCUCUGUUCAUCUCACUGCUGCUGGCUGCUCUGUGUCCUGAAGGCAGAGCACAACAAGACAUGGUGCAGCAACCAGGAGGAGACGUGACUGCGACUGGAGGAGAAGCAGCAACACUUGGUUGUCGAUACGUCAGCAGCUCAACAAGUGUGUCUCUCCUCUGGUACAAACAGGAAGGAACCAACAACCCAACAUUCAUCCUGAUCCGCUUUCAACUGGGAGAAGGAAAAACAGCAGAUGACUUCAGAGAGAGAUUUUCAUCCACACUGAAUUCCACCUCGAGAUCUUCUCCUCUGAAGAUCCAGAAGCUGCAGCCGUCUGACUCUGCUGUGUACUACUGUGCUCUGAGUUCCACAGUGACAGGAAACUACACAACUCUGUACAAAAACCUGUGGAGCAAAAACAGAACAAUCAGCUGUGAAGAACUCACACCGGUCCACAAUGAAGAGUUCAGUGCAGAAGGCAGCUCUGUUACUCUGUCCUAUAACUCCUCCAAAGUGAACCCAGACGAUUAUUUCUUCUGUUUCAUCGGUUUCCGUGAAGCUGGAGUCGUCUCCACGUACGAAUCGUUUCACAGCAGUAACAGGUGGUUAGCUGGCCCCGCCCACUUCGGUCUAAUUCGACCAAUGAGAUGGUUGGAGUGUCCAGUGCAGAGAUGUUGGAGGAAGUCAAAGCACAAUGAGCUGGAUGUUGAGGACGACUGUGCAGCAGAGAGGCUGCUGAGUGGUUUCAUUCUCCUGCAGUGGAAGAACAUUGUUCAUCUGUUUGGCUUCAACUACAAAGACUAA